GCGCGCUGCAGAAAUUCGUAGAAUCUUUUGUUAAAACACGAAUAUUGAUUACGAAAUCUCGAAAAAAGCUGUUCGUGCGUCGUACGAGAAUUUUUAAUUCAAUAAAAUGCCUUGAGAUAAUGCAGUUGCGUCGAAACUCGAGGGUGCUGUGCUUGUUAGGUUAUGUCGAACGCGUCCAGUACUUUGAAAGAUAUGUUUCGAGCGUCGAAAAGGAGUGCAUGAUAGAACGUUUCGUGCACUUUUAAAGUCAGUUAUCUUUGAUUCGUUACCAUAUUUCGUUUGUUACUUAUUAAACUGGAACAAAAAUGUGGUGACACUUAACCACGACAAGUUGCUGGCUUGGUUAUCGUCUGCUGAGUUUGUUGUGUUGUUUCUUUCGUAUCUAAGGAAACUGGUGCUUAUGUUUGUGUUGUCUGGCCAAUAAUCUUUCACACCAUUUGCGUGAAAGCAUGGAACUUCGAAUAGAAACUUUAUUACUUCAUUAACUAGGGAGAAUCUAUAAGUACGAUUAUAGUACGUGGCGUUUAUUUCUUUGUUUAUAAACGUGUACAUUAGUCGGACUUUCGAUCUUAUGCUUAGGUACUAGAUAGCGUUUGAUAGAGUUCUUCGACGACGCUUGUGUAGAAAUAAUAUCUUUUAUUAGCAGAAAUAUGUCUCUUUAUUAUGCUGGCUUCAACACCGGUACAUUGUUUUCCGAUAACGAUGAGGUCGUUUUUGCGAUAGAUUCGUUCGUUAAAAUUCAGUUUCCUGGCGUUACCGAUUUUCAAAUAGGUUGGGGUUAUUUUCUUCUUUGGAGGGGAAAGGAAUUAUAUAUUUGCAUGAAAGGUUUGGAAAAUGGUACAGAUACAAAUACAGAUAUUCGGUUAAUACAAAUACCAGGGAAACCAUUAGACAGUUGCCAACAAGCUGCAGUUGGUAAAAAUAACAUAGUAAUCCUAUCCAGAGACAUUGAAACAUGGCAAUACAAAAUUUAUAAAAAUUCUUGGAGAAAGGUGACCAACUUUAUUCCUAGGAACGAUUCAGAAAAUGAAUAUCCCCUUAAAAUUUUACAAGGAGGCUGUACAGUAGUCCUUACAAAUUUAGGUCGUGCCUUCAAUGUUCCAACAUUAGUUGAAAUGCCAAAGAGGGUAAAGUUCACAGAUAUCGCUUGCGGCUUUGAUCACACUAUUUUACUGGCAGAAAAUGGGGACAUUUAUUCUAUGGGAAUGGGAACGCGUGGUCAGCUAGGACACAAUGAUUUGGAGGACUGCGACAAUCCCAGACUUGUAGAAGCUCUGGCUGGCCUCAAAGUUGUUCAGAUUUCUGCCAUGGGUUGGCACAGUGCUGUAGUAACGGAUCAGGGUGAUCUGUAUACGUGGGGGUGGAAUACGAAUGGGGAAUUAGGACUACCCACCAAAGACUGUAAAGUAGUGGCCGUGCCCACGGUGGUAGAUUUUACAAACGUUCAAAACGAAAAGAUAGAGACGCUCGUGAAGAAAGUCGAAUGCGGAAAUACGUUCACAGUUUGCAUAUUGGAUGAUGGAACACUAUGGGGCUGCGGAUCGAAUAAAUACGGGCAGUUAGGACAACCACGAGAAGCCUUACCAAGCUCCCCAAAGUUUGUCAAACUCGAUGUUCCCGUUAUUUCAGCACGCAUUAAAGACUUCAAGUGCCGGGAAUGGGGCACCAUGCUUGUAACGGACUGAGUUUGCGAAGAGAAUAAAGAAACAAUUUUUUCCAGCGUCUGUUGUAUUGUAUCUUCUGGUCACUCGAUAUUACGCCUCGUCCUUGUGCUUUUCUAUUACCUC